GUGCAUCAACAGCAUUCGUUAGUGCACACAAAAAAAAUCGAGGAAAAAUGUGGCGCGCUAUGGACUCUGGGUAGGACUUCCCAGGUCGGCCAUAUUUAAUCGUCCUGGCUGAAGGAUAGAGGGGAGAUGAAGGGGAUUCGGGGAAUAAGUAAGCUGUCGAGACGCUUCUAUGCGGCCACCCGAACAGAGCAGCCCUUGACUCAGCCUCUGUCAGGCAUCAAGGUCUCCACAGGGGCUGCCCAUUCAUACCAGGACGUCCAUGUGACCAAACUGCCCAGCGGUCUGAUGAUAGCCUCGUUGGACAACUAUUUCCCAGCUUCCAGGAUCGGUGUGUUUGUGAAGGCUGGCUGUCGCUAUGAGUCCCCAGAGAACCAGGGAGUCACCCACCUGCUCCGUCUGGCUGCCAACCUGACUACCAAAGGUGCUUCAGCCUUCAGGAUCUGUCGUGGUGUGGAGGCAGUGGGAGGCAGUUUAGGCGUGACGUCAUCCAGAGAGAACAUGAUCUACUCUGUUGACUGUCUCAGAGACCACAUUGACACGGUGAUGGAGUAUCUGAUCAAUGUGACCACAGCCCCAGAGUUCAGGCCGUGGGAGAUGUCGGACCUCACCCCCAGGGUCAAGAUGGACAAGGCCCUAGCCGCACAGACCCCCCAGAUGGGUGUGAUUGAGGGUGUACAUGGAGCUGCUUACAAGAACGCUCUGUCCAACUCCCUCUACUGCCCAGACUACAUGGUUGGCCAGGUCAAUGCUGACCAUAUGCACAAUUUUAUCCAGAACAAUUUCACAAGUGCAAGAAUGGCUCUGGUUGGGCUUGGUGUGGACCACAAUGUUCUGAAGCAGGUGGGAGAGCAGUUCCUCAACAUCCGCAGUGGGAUGGGCACCGCUGGGACAAAGGCUCAGUACCGCGGUGGCGAGGUGCGUGUGCAGAACAGGUCCAGUCUGGUGCACUCUGUGGUGGUGUCUGAGGGGGCUGCGGUGGGCACAGACGAGGCUAUGGCCUUCUCUGUACUACAGCAUGUACUGGGGGCGGGGCCACACGUCAAGAGAGGCUCCAACCCCACCUCCAAACUCUUCCAGGGCGUCGCUAAGGCUACUGCAGACCCCUUCGACGCCUCUGCUUUCAAUUCCAACUACUCUGACUCUGGCCUGUUUGGAGUCUACACCAUCUCCCAGUCUGCAGCAGCUGGUGACGUGAUCAAGGCAGCUAUUAGCCAGGUGAAGGCUGUUACAGGAGGAGUCUCAGAAGCUGACCUGACCCGCGCCAAGACCCAGCUGAAGGCUGAGUACCUGAUGUCGUUGGAGAGCUCCGGGGGUUUGUUAGACGCCAUGGGUUUACAGGCUCUGUCUGGAGGGGUCUACCACUCCCCCGAGGCCAUCGCACAGAAGAUCGACUCCGUCUCCGCAACUGAUGUCGCCAACGCUGCAAAUAAGUUUGUGUCGGGCAAGAAUUCCAUGGCUUCCAGUGGAAACCUCAUCAAGACGCCCUUCGUUGACGAGAUCUAAAGCCUUUCAACUGUAUUUCACAUGUGAUUAAGUCACAACAAAGCCCCCUGUCCAUUCAAAACAAACAAACUGAAACAGUCAUAUUCCUAAUUGCGUCAUUGUUCUUUUGAGGAAGUUGUUGUAAUCACACCAACUGCCAAUAUUUAUAGUUGUUGCUAUUUUUACGUGGAUCUUGAACUGUAUAGCUCAUGUAAAUGAAAGAAUAUCUACCGUGAAGGUGGAAUAAGUCGUUUUUCCUCUUGUAAAUAGACCUAAUGUCUUACCAGGUGAUAAUAAAUGAAACCUUAUGAUCCAUGUAAAAGUUUUGAUGUAAUGUCCAAUAGUGUGAAAUUCUAUUUCUCCUAAUCUGUUCAUGUCGCUUUCAUGAAAAAGUGUUUGAUUACGUCUGACCAUGUUGAACAAAAUAACCUAGUUGAUACGUUAUUUGUUCCUGGAAAUACAAGUGAAUUGUAGCCAGGUGACUAAUGUGUGUUUUCCAAUGAGAAAAGCUACAAACGUGACCAAAAGUAUGUGGACACCUGCUCGUCGAACAUCUCAUUGCAAUAAUAUGGAGUUGGUCCUCCCCCCUUUGCUGCUAUAACAACCUCCACUCUUCUGGGAAAGCUUUCCAUUAGAUGUUGGAACAUUGUUGCGGUGAUUUGCUUCCAUUCAGCCACACGAGCAUUAGUAAGGUUGGGCGAUUUAGGCCUGGCUCGCAGUCGGCAUUCCAAUUCAUCCCAAAGGUGUAAGAUGGGGUUGAGGUCAGGGCUCUGUGCAUGCUAGUCAGGUUCUUCCACACUGAUCUCAACAAACCAUUUCUGUAUGGACCUCGCUUUGUGCACAGGUGCUUUGACAUGCUGAAACAGGAAAGGUCCUUCAAACUGAUGAUGAAGCGUGUUUCCAAAGUCCAAUGGCGGCAAGCUUUAUACCACUCCAGGUAUGCUUGUGCGGUUGCUUGGCCAUGGAAACCCAUUUCAAGAAUCUCCCAAUGAACAGUUAUUGUGCCAACGUUGCUCCCAGAGGCAGUUUUGAACUCAGUAGUGAGUGCUGCAACCGAGGACAGAAUUUUUACAUGCUACGCGGUCCUGUUCUGUGAGCUUGUGUGGCUUACCACUUUUGCGGCUGAUCCGUUGUUGCUCCUAGACGUUUCCACUUCACAAUAACAGCACUUACAGUUGACCGGGACAGCUCUAGCAGGGCAGAAAUUUGAAGAACUGAUUUGUUAGAAAGGUGGCAUCCUAUGAUGGUGCCACGUUGAAAGUCAUUGAGCUCUUCAGUAAGGCCAUUCUACUGCCAAUGUUUGUCUAUGGCGAUUGCAUGGCUGUGUGCUCCAUUUUAUACACCUGUUAGCAACGGGUGUGGCAGGAAUAGCUGAAUCCACUCAUUUGAAGGGGUGUCCACAUACUUUUGGCGGACAAUACAGUGGCUCUAUGUUAAUGUAUAUAUUUAAUCAUACCAGAUUAUUUUUUUUCAGUAGAUUGAAGUUCAUUUGGGUUGUGGGUAUACUUUAUCAAGAUGAUCUUACAGAUGAUUUUACCAUGACCAUUAGCCUUUACAUAUGCUUAAAUCAGUGAUUUUGACUAAAACAUUUAAUUUGGUUAUAUCAGGGGGAAUUGGCCAUGUAUAGACCCUUAAAUUCAAUUAGUGUAAUGUAUAUACACUGCUCAAAAAAAUAAAGGGAACACUUAAACAACACAA